AUAUAGACGUGUUUUUUUAGUGCUGUGAGUAAAAUAUAGGGUCCGAGGCCUCCCAGUGAAGUUGUGGAUAAUUUUGGUUUUUUAGUGAUACAUUUUAGGUAAACCGGAGAAAUGCAGGCCAUCAAAUGCGUUGUAGUUGGCGAUGGUGCCGUCGGUAAAACCUGUCUGCUGAUCAGUUACACCACAAAUGCCUUCCCCGGGGAAUACAUACCUACUGUAUUCGAUAACUACUCCGCAAAUGUUAUGGUGGACGGGAAGCCGAUCAAUCUGGGACUAUGGGAUACAGCGGGGCAGGAAGACUACGACCGACUUCGGCCACUGUCUUACCCACAGACUGAUGUGUUCCUUAUAUGCUUCUCGCUCGUCAAUCCGGCCUCCUUCGAGAAUGUUCGAGCUAAGUGGUUCCCGGAAGUGCGGCAUCACUGCCCGUCGACGCCUAUCAUCCUAGUUGGCACCAAGCUAGAUCUGCGCGAGGAUAAGGACACCAUCGAGAAGCUUAAAGACAAAAAACUUGCGCCCAUCACUUACCCACAGGGUCUUGGUAUGGCGAAGGAGAUCAGCGCAGUGAAGUACCUCGAGUGCUCUGCGCUGACGCAGAAAGGCCUCAAAACUGUGUUCGAUGAGGCGAUACGCGCUGUACUCGUGCCUCUACCGCCGCCGAAGAAGAAACGGGCGUGCGCGCUGCUGUAAAAUAUACACCAUUCUAGGUAGUGUAGACACACAACAAGCCAGUGUGACCAGCAUAGCUUCCAUAGUACGCACCGGACAAACAAAAGUGCGCUGUAUAAAGGACUGCAAUAAAUGCAUACAUAGAUGUUAAUUUUUACUGUUAAUAUAAUUACGCAUAUGUAACGUGGGUUGGUGUGAGUGAGGUUCGUAUAUGUAAAUGCUUUUAUAUAAUCUGGGGACUCGUUCUUUACGCCACUGAUGAAAAGUUCUCGAAGGUUCGAGAAUAUUCCGUGAGUUUCUAGAUGCAACUUCUUUGGAAUCUUUAUGUCAGUGAUUUCUGUGUAAUUUUCUUGAAGAAUGAAAUUGCAUACCUGGGGAUCUACAUCAAAAGACAAUGUCAAGCAUGAGGCUUCAUUCGCAUUAUUAUUUUGGCCGAGUAUUACAUAUUUCACAGUAAUUGUUUAGGACGGAUGUCAGACGGAGAACGAAAGUCGACCCCAGGUUUUUUAGAGUUCCAACAAGCUAGCAUUCUAGAAGGAUUGGCUACGAGACUACCAGUGCACGGAAAGGUUCUAUAUAAAAAUCUAAAAUUUGGGUGCUUUUUUCCUAACUCUUUGCUAUAACAAAAAGUUACAUUCCUGUUACUGAAAAUUGCAUUGGUACAAAUUGUUUUUCCUCCUUUAUGUUCUAUGAAUGAAUGAAAAGGAAUUGUUGAAAAUUUUUGUUUUAGGCAGAGGUUAUAUUUUUCGAUUUUAUUAUUGCUUUUUGUUUCCCAUUGUUGUAGAACUGUGUAAAAUCGUCGAUAAGUACAGUAUUUGUUAGGCACGUGAUUAUUUUUUAUGUAUUCAUAGUAUUUUAACUUUUUAAAUAUAAUCAAUUUGAUGGUAACGAAAUCGUUUUUAACAGACUUUAAAAAAGGGAGGUUCGAUACAUUCUACUAAAGCUAGGAUUUCAAACGGAUGGUUUACUCAAACUCGUUUAAACCAACAAAAAUAUAUUAAUUUUCUUUUAAUUUUAUAGAAUAUUAUUUCCCAUAUAAUCAUCAUAGCUUUAGCAGAAUAUAAGCGGAAUUGUAGACCAUAGAAGCACCCGCGUGUUGGCCAAUACGUUAGAAACAUAUCGUCGGCAUAAUUGAGUUGUGUGAGUAUGGUUAUAGUGUACUUCAAUGAGUUGACGGGGAAGGAAUUAAUACGAUAAGAAAAUUCAUAUCCACAGUUGAAAGAGGGCUAAACCAAAUCUAAGCAGAUUUUUCGUAGGAGA